GCACGCUUCCUGCUCCCCCCACCCCCAUCCCCCCUUCCGCGGCCUUCCCCCUCCCGCAGCGCCGCGGUGACACCGAGCGGGGAGCGCGCGGCGCGGGCACAGCGGGACCCGCCGGAGCCGCCGCCGCCAUGAACGGCAAAGGACAAUAUCCCACCCAGCCCUCCUACCCUGUGCAGGCUCCGGCCAGCGCCGCCGUGUACCCACAGAGCGUGCCCCUGCCGCAGCCGCCGCCCUACACAGAUGCACCUCCUGCUUACUCCGAGCUUUACCGUCCCAGCUUCGUGCCGCUGGGGGCUGCCACCGUGCCCACCAUGUCUGCAGCAUACCCGGGGGUCUUCCUGCCCAUGGCCCAGUCGGUGGCCGUGGGGCCGCUCAGCUCCUCGGUGCCCAUGGCAUACUAUCCCGUGGGACCGGUUUAUCCCCCGGGAUCCACAGUCCUUGUUGAAGGUGGCUUUGAUGCUGGAGCGAGGUUUGGAGCUGGUGGAACCGCCAGCAUCCCUCCCCCCCCUCCUGGCUGCCCCCCCAAUGCCGCCCAGCUGGCCGUGAUGCAGGGAGCCAACGUCUUGGUGACACAACGGAAGGGCAACUUCUUCCUGGGAGGCUCAGACGGCGGCUACACUAUCUGGUGAAGAAGGAAGGGGAAGGGGGGGAGAGGGGGGGCUACAUUUGUGUAAGGAAAGACAUCACAUUCUGUCAGCA